ACAAAGGCUCUGGCCAAUAGCCCUGCGGGAUUAACGCGAGUGGGCUGGCAGGUUGUCCAAUGGGAGGAGACGACGGAGUUGCGCGGUGAAGUUCGGCUUCCUGAGCCGCGGCGGGCGUGGCCGCGUUAGGCUGCGAGCCAGGCCGGGGCAGCGGUGGGCCGUGUUUGGGGUGCUGGGGUUCGGUUGUUGCAGUCGCGAUGUUCUUCUCCGAGGCCAGAGCCAGGUCGCGGACGUGGGAAGCCAGUCCCUCGGAACACAGGAUGUGGGUGGAAGUAUUUAAGGCAUGUGAUGAAGAUCACAAAGGCUAUCUCAGCAGAGAGGACUUUAAAAUUGCUGUUGUAAUGCUGUUUGGGUACAAGCCCUCCAAGAUAGAAGUGGAUUCUGUGAUGUCUUCAGUAAAUCCAAAUACUUCUGGUAUAUUACUCGAGGGGUUUUUAAAUAUUGUCAGGAAAAAGAAGGAAGCUCAACGGUAUCGGAAUGAAGUAAGACACAUCUUCACAGCCUUUGACACAUACUAUCGUGGAUUUUUAACUUUGGAAGAUUUCAAAAAAGCAUUUAGGCAGGUGGCUCCCAAGUUACCAGAAAGGACUGUUCUUGAAGUAUUCAGCAACAGGGAAACUUUCAUGUAGUCCUUUGGAUUUCACCUUAAUGUGGGAAAGUUAUCCUGUGAGAUGAUCCAAAUUGGGAAAGUCCUGUAUCUUCACUUCUGACCUCAUCCCCACAUGAGGCUACCAGACCGCAACCCCAGUGCAUGAUGUGAGUGAAUGCCUUCGGGGCAAAGGUGGCUUUGGGAUGCCAACUUUCUUUCCACUAACCUAUUUGGGUUCAAGCUAGCCUCAAGAAUUUGGCCUGCCAGCUCUUUUUAAUUCUUUAGUCCUUUUAAGGUGGUUUUGUUUUAGUGUCUUAUCCAGCAUCUUUAGUUUUUUUCAUUGGGGGGUUGAUCUGAGUAUCCAAAAACAGAAACUCAUGUGAAUUCUUAAAUACUUUGUUUCCCAAACUUUUCCUUCUAAAUUCUGCUUUCCAAAUAUUGAUUUAUUAGGUAGACCAUAAGAUUUGAUAAGUGUUAGAAAAGAGUAUCUGCUUAUUUGUAAGAGAUAUAGAAAAUAUAUAAAAUUAGUAAUGCAUUUCUAAAGCUUAGUAGUUCUGGCAUUUUAGCUUUACUUUAUCUUCUAUUGCUGUUUAAAGAAUAUGACCGAGUAUUUCUGACCUUUUAUUGCUCUUAUAUUGAAUAUCAUUUAGAGGUUGUAAGCUAAGUAUUUAUUUUCAUAUAACCUAAAACCAUAGUAUUAGGAAAUACUGAUAUAAUUUAGUGAUCAUGUCCUUGAAGCUUAACAUUUUUAUUGCAUUCAUUAUUUAUGAGAAGAAAUCAUGCAGUGUUUCUGUUUUUAUCAAGGUAUUGUAUCUAAAA